GCCGACUCGAGUCGCUUUCCCUCCUCGCGACUCAACACUCCAGCCUGGUGCACGAUGCUCGACGUUGCACAGCUCACGUCUUGAUGCAUCGAUGACCAGAAACUACCACGAUACUACUUCAAUUCCACCCUAUCCAGCAAAGUCUUACCAAUUAGGACCGUCCUGAGAGCUCGCACUCGGUCGGCCGCUUGGUGCAGCUCCUCUCGCGAUGCCCUCCGCAACAUUACCCCAGAAGCGGGUGUUUGGCGAAGCGUCGAGCGCCCGCCGUAACAUUGUUGCCACUCCCGUCUCCUCCAAGAAGCGCCGUGUCGAUGACCUUCCCUCCUCCUCCCCCUCCGCCCAACUUGCCAGCUCCCAGAGCGACGGCAAGGGCAGGCUCGCCUCCAGCCAGCAAAAGAGCACGUUUGAGACAGAAGUGCUCGAGCGCAUGAGCCAGGACAUCUCGGGUCUCAAGGAGAACAAUGCAGAGAAAGACCAGAUCUGGGAUCGUCCACCGGUACCCAGCGGCUAUGACCCCGAGAAAGACAGCCUCUGCUUCCAGGCCAUCGAGGCCGAGGAGGGCACCAUCGCCGGCGGCCAGGCUACCAUCAAGCUCUUUGGCGUUACCGAAAAUGGCAACUCGGUGCUGCUGCACGUCAGAGACUUCAAGCACUACCUCUAUGUCGCGGCUCCUGUGUCCUUUACGGCGGAAGACUGCCCCAAGUUUCAAGCCUACCUCGAGUCACAGCUGGCCCUGAGCCAGCGGGCCAUUCACUCCGUCACCCUGACGAUGCGCGAAAACAUCUACGGCUUCCAGGGGAACGUCCAGAGCCCCUACCUCAAGAUCACCGUGACCGAUCCCAAGCUCAUCGGUAAGGUCCGGUCGACAAUCGAGCGUGGCGAUGCCAAUUAUAAGAAAAUGUGGAAGAGCUCGGAUGGCACCAUCAUGACCUUUGACAACAUCCAGUAUCUGCUCCGCUUCAUGGUGGAUUGUUCGAUUGCCGGCAUGGCUUGGGUCGAGGCGCCAGCGGGCAAGUAUUCGCUCGUGCACGACAAGCAGUCGAAUUGCCAGAUUGAGGCACAGAUCAGCUACCGAGAUCUGAUCUCCCACAAACCCGUCGGCGAGUGGUCCAAGAUGGCUCCCCUGAGAGUCCUCUCUUUCGAUAUCGAAUGCGCUGGCCGCAAAGGUAUCUUCCCGGAAGCGAACCACGAUGCCGUCAUCCAGAUCGCAAACAUCGUCACCAAGUAUGGAGAGAAGAAGCCAUUCGUCAGGAACGUCUUUUGUCUCGACACCACAAGCCCCAUUGUGGCCACUCAGAUCUUGUCGUUUGACAAGGAGGAGGAUAUGCUGUCGGCCUGGAGAGACUUCCUGGUGCAGGUAGACCCCGACAUCAUCACCGGUUACAACAUCGCCAACUUUGACUUUCCCUACCUCCUCGAUCGGGCCAAACAUCUCAAGGUCCAAGGGUUUGAGUACUGGUCUCGUCUGCGCGGCGUCAAGUCCUUCUCCAAGGACACCAGCUUUUCCAGCAAGCAGAUGGGCAAUCGGGAUACCAAGGCCACCAACAUUCACGGUCGCCUUCAGCUCGACCUCUUGCAGUUGAUUCAGCGCGACCACCAGCUGCGCAGCUACACCCUGAACUCCGUUUCCUUCCACUUCCUCGGCGAGCAGAAGGAGGACGUCCACCACUCCAUGAUCACAGAACUGUUCGAGGGCACACCCGAAUCGAGACGCAGGCUGGCGCUCUACUGUCUCAAGGAUGCCUACCUCCCGCAGAGGCUGAUGGAGAAGCUGUCAUGUCUCGAAAAUUACACCGAAAUGGCAAGAGUCACGGGCGUGCCCUUCAACUUCCUCCUCGCGAGAGGCCAGCAGGUGAAGUUCUUGAGUCAGCUCUACCGCAAGGCCCUGGAGCAGAAGCUGGUCAUUCCGAAUCUGAGGUCGGAAUCGUCAGAAGAACAAUACGAGGGUGCCACGGUCAUCGAGCCGAUAAGAAAUUACUACGACGUGCCCAUUGCCACCCUCGAUUUCGCCUCGCUGUACCCUAGUAUCAUGCAAGCGCACAACCUCUGCUACACCACCCUGAUCAAGAAGAAAGAUGUCGAGAAGUGGAACCUGAAGAAGGACGAGGACUACAUCGUCACCCCGAGCGGGGACAUGUUCGUCACGACCAAGCAGCGGAAAGGCUUACUGGCCCAGAUUCUGGAGGAACUGCUCGCGGCCAGAAAGCAAGCGAAGCGCGAGCUCGCCGCAGAGACGGACCCGUUCAAGAAAGCCGUGUUGAACGGUCGGCAGCUGGCGCUGAAGAUCAGCGCCAACUCGGUCUACGGUCUGACCGGCGCCACAAACGGCAAGCUCCCGUGUCUGGAGAUCGCCAGUAGCACGACGGGUUUCGGUCGUCAGAUGAUCGAAAAGACGAAGCAGGAAGUAGAAAAGAGAUAUACCAUUGCCAACGGCUAUUCUCACGACGCCCAAGUCAUCUACGGCGAUACCGAUUCCGUCAUGGUCAAGUUCGGCACCACCGACUUGGCCGAGGCGAUGAAGCUCGGCGAGGACGCGUCUCAGUACGUCUCGAGCAAGUUCAUCAAGCCCAUCAAGCUCGAGUUCGAAAAGGUCUACUUCCCUUACCUGCUCAUCAACAAGAAGCGGUACGCCGGGCUGUACUGGACCAGGCCGGACAGGUACGACAAGAUGGAUACCAAAGGUAUCGAGACGGUCAGGCGAGACAACUGUCUGCUGGCGCAGACCGUCAUCGAGAAGGUCCUGAGGAUGAUCCUUAUCGACCGGGAUGUGUCGGGUGCUCAAGAAUAUGUCAAAGACACCAUCUCGGACCUUUUGCAGAACAAGAUCGACAUGUCCAAGCUGGUCAUUACCAAAGCGCUGACCAAGGAGGACUACGCGGCGAAGCAGGCUCACGUCGAGCUGGCCCAGCGCAUGAAGAAGCGGGACCCCGGCUCGGCCCCCGGCCUGGGCGAUCGUGUGGCCUACGUGAUGGUCAAGGGCGCGGCCGGCUCCAAGAACUUUGAGCGCUCCGAGGACCCCAUGUACGUGCUCGAGCACAACGUCCCGAUCGACACCAAGUACUAUCUCGACAACCAGCUGGCCAAGCCCUUGACCCGUAUCUUCGAGCCCAUCCUCGGCAGCGAGAGCAAAACCAAGUCGCUCCUGUCGGGCGACCACACGCGCACCAUCUCCGUGGCGGCGCCGACGGUCGGCGGGCUGAUGAAGUUCGCCAAGAAGACGCAGACCUGCAUGGGCUGCAAGAAGCCGCUGACGGGCAAGGAGGAGAGCCAGGGCGCCGUGUGCGCCGACGACGCGCCUCGUAUCGGCGAGCUCUACAAGAAGACGCUCGACAAGGUGUCGGACCUCGAGGUGCGCUUCAGCCGCCUGUGGACGCAGUGCCAGCGCUGCCAGGGGAGCAUGCACUGCGAGGUCAUCUGCAGCAAACACGUUUGGAGGGGACAGACCGGGGGUUAAAGGGGAAGAGGCUUGGUUAUUAUGCUGGGCGAUGCAAGGGCGAUGCAAGGGCGUUCUGGAAGGAAAUUAAUUACCAUGUUGUCAUAUCGGUAUUCAUUCGGGGCUGGACAGGCUGGUAUCUUAUUCCUCUUAUCUUGUCAUAAUGUGAUGGUGUUAUG